CGGAUUCCCACGCCGGAGUCGCCCUCGGCAGGCGCGCAGCCCGCGGGAGCGCUGCCUUCCGGGCUAGCUCCGCCGGGCCCCGCGGAGCCCUUUUCGGCGCCCCGCAACCCUGCACGGUGGGGGCACUGGACGGGAGGACGCCGCGGGCUCGCCGCCAGAUCUAGAGGGCCAGGGCCAGCUCGGGACCCUGUCCUCGUCCCUCCGGGCGCCGGCCCCUGGAAAGGGGCACCGACCCACGGCGACGUCCCUCGCGUGGCCCGUCCACUCACCCUCCCGCCCGCGGCCCUGCCGCUUCCUUCGGGAAGUCCCAAAGAGUCACGUUCGAGCUUACUGGGGUGUGGCCGCGUUGCCGGCUCCCCCGGGGCUGCCCCCAGCGGAGUGGCACUUCCUCCUCGCUCCCUGCCGGGCCGCGGCGCCCGCCGCGCUCCUGCCCCGCGCCCCGGCUCCCUGUCCACCUGGGACGCGCGCACCAUGGACUCGGGACCCGGCUGCCGAAGACAGGCCGCCGUUUGGUUGGACAAUUAGCGGAGGUGGGCGGGGAGUUGAAGAACCCCACACACGCGCCUCUCCAUGAAGAUUCUUGAGCUUUCUUUGAAGAAAGGAGUGCAUAUGCUGCAGUGUCUCUGUGGAAGGAGCCUGAGGUCCAGCAACAGCCUAAGUGAACCCCAGCUGAAAGGAAUUGUGACAAGGUUAUUCAGCCAGCAGGGAUAUUUCCUGCAGAUGCACCCAGAUGGUACCAUUGACGGGACCAAGGACGAAAAUAGUGACUACACCCUCUUCAAUCUAAUUCCUGUGGGCCUGCGUGUGGUGGCUAUCCAAGGGGUGAAAGCCAGCCUUUAUGUGGCCAUGAAUGGUGAAGGCUAUCUCUACAGCUCAGAUGUUUUCACUCCAGAAUGCAAAUUCAAGGAAUCUGUAUUUGAAAACUACUAUGUGAUUUAUUCUUCCACACUGUACCGUCAGCAAGAAUCAGGCCGAGCAUGGUUUCUGGGACUCAAUAAAGAAGGUCAAAUUAUGAAGGGAAACAGAGUGAAGAAAACCAAACCCUCAUCACAUUUUGUACCAAAACCUAUUGAAGUGUGUAUGUACAGAGAGCCAUCACUUCAUGAAAUUGGAGAAAAACAAGGGCGUUCAAGGAAAAGUUCUGGAACACCGACCAUGAAUGGAGGCAAAGUCGUGAAUCAAGAUUCAACAUAGCUGAGAACUCUUCCCUUCGUCCCUCUCUCAUCCCUUCCCUUUCUCCCCCCUACUUUUCCCAUUUCCUUCCAAUAAAUCCACCCAAGGAGAGGAAAAUAUAAUGGCAACCCAGGACCUAGUGACUAAGAUUCUGCACUCAAAAAUCUUCCUUUGUGUAGGACAAAGAAAUUGAACCAAAGCUUGCUUGUUGCAAUGUGGUAGAAAAUGCACAUGCACAAAUAUUAGCACACAUAAAAUCAAGAGAAAAAAAUAAAUCAAGACACCACAACAUUGUGCUGUUAUUAAUAGAAGGCUAAUUAUAAUGAAAACAUAACUAUAAUAAAUUUGAAAUAAAGUUAUUAUCUUAAAGACAAGGGUUUUGGAGAAUUGAACUUACAAAUCAAUGUAAUACCCUGAAUAACUUAAACUUUGGAUAAUGCUGUGAUGUGUGCUUCCUGUCGAAUUUGAAUUUUCUUUGGGCAUCUGGAAUUGACACAUAAUUACAUUCUGUUUCCAGGAUUUUUUUUUUUUACCAUGGUAUUAAACAUGUACAAAUUAUAGAUUCUUCUAAUUCCCAUAUGGUUGGUAUAAGCCAGAAAUCAUUUAAAAGUUUAAAGUUUUAUUUUUGAAUUUAUUACUUAUAAUUAUUUUAUGCAAAAGAUAGACUUCUGUUGAAUUUAAUAGUAUUAACUGAUUUUAUUCCUUUAUAAAAAGUUUCAGAUUCACCUAGGAGAUUAUCAUAUUUUUAUCAAAAUAAUUAAUCCAGGAUCUCAUUUUUUUAGUUAUUUAGAAAAAAAAUGUAUUCUAAGGCUGAGGUUACUUUUGAGAAUUCUGUGUCAUUGCCAUGCUUGGGCAGGGAUGAAUAAGUUAUAUGCACUUAUCAUUUGGUCUGAUUUUUCACAUUGUGCACAGCUUGGAGAGUAUUGGUGCAUGUCUAGCUGUGGUAAAGAGUUUUGUACCAUCUCUUGCAGCAGGAAAGAAAGAAAAGGGGUUUCACACAAGGAAAUAAAUCCUAGGAUAUUGGUCAAAGCAAAUUGUUUUUGCCUUUGUACCAACAGAAUUUUGUGUAUGUAGCACUUUCCAAACUUCACCAAGAAAUUGGGAGGCAUGAAUGUGAAAUUUCUAAUUUACUAUCUCAUGAAGCCAGUGGCUUGCUUGUUACUACAUAUCCUUGUUAAUAAGUCUAGUUGACAGUAACUGUCUCCUAGAACACAGAAGGGAAGUUGAUACAUUGAAUUUUCAAGGGGCAUAGAGAAAGGAUAUAGAAUUAACAGCUAUGGUUCCAACACAUAGGGUUGUGUGAGCUUAAAAUAGUUAAAACAAAAACAAAAACAAAAACAAAAACCUCAGCAUAAGGACUGGGCAAAUGCAUAGUUAGGAAUACUAAAGUAUUAGGAAAGCAUUAGGGAAGAAAUGAAUGUAAUACAAUUGUCUUGGGGGGAAAAAUAGAUCUACUUAGUCCUACAAAUCAGGAAUGGUAUAGAGACAUCCAAAUUAAAACAGAAUGUUAAAAAAAUGUAUGCAGAAUUAUGGAUAUUAUCAAUGAGAAGACUUAGCAUGUUACUUCUCCUAUAGCUCUACUGUCCAGCAUGUAUUGUUCCAAAUAUGACUCCCUAAAAUAUAUACACUUUGCAGAAGCUCUAGGCCUUCACUUAAAUGACCUUGCCAUUGGUUGCUGUAUUCUUUCAAAGUCAAUGUAGUUACCCUCACUCUACACAAUCAUUAUUCUUUAAUAGUGGUUUGUGUCCUUCACCAAGUAUUCUAUUUAUGUUAUCAGGAGGUUAGCAGAAAAUGAAAUGGAGGGAUUUGCCUUAUUGUUUGUAAAGAAUACAAGUUAGGCAUCUAGACAAGUAUUUUGAACACACAUUUGCAAAAGAUACUUGUUUAACCAAAAUAUUUUGAAAGCAUUACAUUAAAAGGGAAAGAAAAAAAAAAAGGAAUAUUGCUCUUCUAGGAAAAGAAUACCCUUGUAAAAAAAAAAAAUUACAAAUCUGGUUGUAUUUCUUCUUGUCACUCUUAAUUCAACUUGAUUUUGAAUACACCUGUCACUUCUAGGAACAAACCAAUCCCAAGCACAAUGCCUUGUUUUCUUUGAAAAAAUAAAAAGAAAGAGGCUCCUACAAAAUGGGUCACGGGCUCAUUUAGCAUGAAAUGACAAGAUCUUAUGGUGAUACACACACCCCACAAACUCAUCGGUAAUAUAAUUGACUGUUUCACAAAGUGUUAUUAAUUACACUAAUGAUUUCAUGAUAAUAUAUUUAAUCCAGUUAAAUAUUAUGAAAGAUGUGAUAGAGAUAUAAACUCCCAACACCAUUUCCCCCUCAGUUAUCAAUGGCUGUCCAUCAUUUAUCACUGAGACUCAUAUUUGACUUUUUCCUGAUAGAAAUUAAGAAACAGAAGUCUCACCACCCAAUUUCUAUAUAUUUUUUUCAUAUCAUUUAAGCAAAUGUUGACCACAGUAAAAUGUUUAGAAAUUAGCUUUGCCUUAUUUACAAUUAAUUUUGAAGUAUAAAUUGGAAACCUCCAUAUAUAUAUAUAUAUAUAUAUUAACCUGACAAAAACUGUAGUUUAGAGCAUAGGGUGAACAUUCCCUUAACUACUGCUUACUUUUUAAGCACAUAAAACCUUUAAUAGAGAAAGUCAGUAUUCACUGUUUAGGUUUUCAAACAGUUACCAAAUAUAAACAUAAAGUUAUCCUAUUUCCUCCAAAAACAUGAGACAGUUAGUUUGUUUUUCAGGUUUCAAGUUUCUUCCAAGAGAAAGAAUUCUUUACUUUGAUUUUCGUCAUUCUAAUUUCUGGGUCUCAAUUCAUCCAUCUCUUAUGUUCCCAUAAAUAAAAUAAGCUCUUCUUUUAAUGCAUUGGGAUAUUCUCAGGAAAAAUACAACUUUUAGUAAAGCUUUGUUAUUGACUAUGUACGUAUAAGAUGUGUUUAUUCUAAGAGUCCUUAUUGUAACGUGUUUCAAAAUCAAUGGGCUUAAGAAUGAAAACAAAACUUUUGAGAAUCUCCAAGUAGUUUUCUGGUCAAUACACUUCACUUGAUUUUUAAGCUAGAAGUUUGAGGUACAGAAACAAAAUGGUGCUGAAGUUCCAUUUGCUAAUUUAGAGCCUUUUGUGCUUCAGGAAACUGGAGGACAGCCAGCCAACCUGUUCUUGAUCACAGUAAUGGUUUGGGUUUCGAAUUUUACACAUGAAUUUCAUAGCACAUUUUUAGCCGCUAUGGAUUGGCGCAAUAAAAAGACAUCAAUUUGAUGUAAAUUGUGAUGCUUUAUGGGCCUCAUUUUAAUACAAAUAACUUUUUAGAAGGAUUCUUCAAUUUAGGAAAAUGACACUGCUCUAGAUAGGUAUUGUAUCUAUGGGUGGUGGUCCUGUGGUGCCACCAGCAAGAGAUGAGAGCAUUAAGGGGAAAUUGAAGGAUGAAGAUGGCUUAUUGUGUAUUACAAAGGUUGAAGGUCUUAACAGGAGACCACUGAUUUCUUGGUGAAGAAGCAUGACUGCAUCAAUAGUAAUAUUUUUAAACACAGACUCAGAAAUAGCAAAUCUACUAUUCUACCCUCAUGGCUUAGUCUACAAGGCCUUGCUCUGAGAAGGUUUUUCCAUGAUGUUACUUAAUUUCGUCUGCACAAGGUGAGACACACUCAGACAUCAAAAUUCCCUACUCAUUUUAAUAGCAUAAAAGGCUGAGAUUAUUUCUCUGUCAUAAAAUUGUAAAUAGCAUUUUUUAAAUCAGAAUCACAUUUAAAACAGUGGAUUGUUCUACAAAUAUAUAUGUGUAUAUAUACAUAUGCUCUGAACUAAGGAUAUAUAGAGUUUUUAUUUGACUUGUGUUCUUUAGUCAUAGCUAAUCAAAAAAUAAAGAGAUUUGAAUGCAAAACUUUAUAUACAAAUGUAUAUUUCUAAUGGUAGUAUAAAUUGCCACUUUAUAAUAAAAAAAGGAACUGGUGGAAAUAAUCAAAGCACAUGCUCCUUCAGAACUUCAGUGAUUCUGAAUUCCCUUUUUAAUGUAGAAGUGAGUUUUUCUUUUCUUUUUUUUUAAGUUAUCUUAAAAAGCUAUACUUCCUGAAUUGAUUCUAUGAAAAAUCAUCUCAGUUUGAAAAGUUAUGAUUGAGGGCAGGAAAAAGAUGCUAAAUGCAGAUCUUUAUUUUCAGGAUUUUUCCUUGGAGCCCAAGUUAAAAAUUCAAUUAUUUUAAAUCUAAAUUACAUGAAAAUUACUAAUGUUCAGAGAUGAUAUAUUAGGUUUGAUAACAGAAGCAAAAAUCUAUCUAUCAGUACAAUAGCUUUAAAAUAGUGUCAUCAUAAACAUUGCAUCAUUAGAUGUUUUAUUAGUUGGAAAGAAUGAGUUGAUGUUUCUUUGUCUUUGCUCCAAGCACAACCUGAAGACACUGGCAUUCAUUUUACUUAAAGCUGUUCAAAAGUUCAAAAUAUACUCCCAUGAAUAGAAUUGGUAUUAGCUCCAUUACAAGGUUAAAUGUUACGAUUUUAAAAAAGAUUAUUGACACUGAAAUGUUUAAUAAACAUGUUGUAUGAGAAACUGAACAAAUGUUUCAUUUUUACGUUGAAGCACAGACUAUUCAAAUCAUUAUUUUUCGAGAUCAGAUUUGUAAAAUGUUUAUACAUCACAGUCUUCCUGAAGUAACAAGCAAUUAAAUUCUUGAGAUGCUCAUGCAUGUAGACAAAAUACUUGCACUUUUUUUUUGUUUUGUUUUUGUUUUUUAAGCAUUAAAAUUCUCUGGGAAGUCUC